AUAUGUUGUAGGAACUGGGCUAAGUUUUUACAGGAAAUGCUACAAACGGAAAAACAUAGAACAUACAGUUCCCAGUUGCAAAAAUUCCUGGUCCCAAUUGUUGUGUCUAGUAAUUGUAUUCUAAAAUAACUAAUGAAACUUUUGAUGUUGCCCAAGAUUUCCAACUACUGCCCCCAUGGAGUCGAGUCGUGUCUCAGUCCCAACAUGGCUGAACAUCCGAAGAAACCAGUUGAACACCAUUGGCUUGGUCCCUUUACCUGACCAACGACUACUAGGACCGGCUCAUCAAACGACGCUUUUUAGCUUUCUUCAAGAUUUAGCUUGAACUAUUCGGCAAUUUUUCAAAAGGACAUAUUGACUCUAAUAUCCAUGUCAAAUAGUCUUUUAACCAGACCAACAUUUUUGCAAAGUUGCAUAAACCCUUUUGUGUAGACAUAUCUGGUUCAAUGAUAAACGAAAAUUCUCUUGCACCUUAUUCCAGUCAAGAAAUACGAAAGUAUCUGCAAGUGGUCAUUGUUUGGCACCAUGUCCUUUUUCACCCUUAACUUCAGGCUGAAGUGAAAGCAAUUCACCACAAAUUUAGCAUCUUGCCCAUGACAAGGAAACACCAAGUUACUUGUAUAGUUGUAUGCAAUAAGAAAUUCAAUGUCCAUUGCUUUCGCUUCAGAAAUACCUUGCAGGUUCCUCUGCUGAAGUCUUCACCUUAAAGAUUAAAACCUCAUAUUUUCAGAGAAGAUGGAAGGUCCCUUUCAAUAAACGAAUUUCAAAUGAGAAAUCAGAAGAGAGAUGAGUUAGAGGACUAACAAAGAAUUUACUUCUGUUUGGGGUAACUUUUCAGCUACAACUCUCAUCAAGAAAUUUCAGCAGCUCUUCUAAAAGCAUGGGAUUCUCUUUUAAUCAAGACUAUCCAAAUACUUCCAAGAGAUUCAAAUUCCUUGCCUCAACCCUCAAGGAUGCAUUUUCCAACUGUCAUUCCUUUCGGAAAAGUUCACAUUCAACUCCAGAAGAGGAUGAUCCGAUUUGCGACUAUGAUAAUGAAGAUGAAGUAUUUAUAUCAGCAGUGAUAAGUAAAUACAUGGAGUUGAAAUGCAGAAGAAAGACAAACAACUCAACUGAUAAGUUUACCUGGGCUUUCUCUCCAACAACAGGAGAUUUAUUCAUAUCUGCAAGAUUAAGACAAAAGGAGGAGGACAAUGAAGAUCAAGAAAAGGAAGAAAGGGAAGAUUUUUACUCUGUUGCUAGUCGUCUUUCUCCCUGCUCAAGUUCUACAAGUUUUGAGGCAUUUGUCACAGCUAAAACAAUCUUUUCUCGUUCUUCAAGCGUAGACAGGAUUGACUUCCAAGAUCUCUGGAGGCAUUCUGUUAUUCAGGAAUUCUCUCACUGUGAAGGAUGGCCAUUUGGCCUAUACCAAAAAGCCUUGUUGCUUCCACCUUUGCCAAAAUCACCAUCUGAUUCUUGGUCAUGGCGUAAGAGUGCUGGAAUAUAAUGGUUAAGAUGCACUGAUUGCUGGCAUUUUAAGUCAGUUAUCUCUAGUAGGCAAAGCAACUUUGCAUUUUCCAUGGAGAAAGGAUGCUGAUCUUAUGUUUAUGCAUGAAUCAUAUUAUUUACUAAUAGUACAAUCUUUUGCAUAA